UUUGUUGAUAAUGCAUGCUAGGGUCAAGCUCCGAUUACGCUGGAUGUGAAGAUAAGGAACCCAAUUUUACUCGCAUCACCGCCUGGACGAGCGGCGCCAUGCGGUGCGUGCUGCUGCUGCUGCUGACCUGGCCGUGGCCGCCUCCUGGCAGCUGGUGCUCCACGCACUGGAUCAUGACCGAGGACGGGCGCAUCCAGGCUCAGAUGGACUCGAUCUUCUUCAUGAAGCGGCCCUACGACUUCAUCUCGAUGGCGCAGCAGGAGCGGCGUGCCUCCAUGGUGGAGUCGCUGCACAAGGACCUGCUCACUCACAAGGUGGAGAUCGACCAGAACGACGACCGGGACCAGGACGUGGAGAAGAAGCUGUACACGGAGGACCCGCACUGUCUGGUGGCCGGCCAGCCGCUCACCGAGUUCGAUCUGUACCCGAGCGUGGCCGUCAAUCUGCGGAAGUACGGCAUCAGGAUCGAGGACUACAUCGACUCGAAGCAUGUGGCCGGCGAGCUGGUGCCGCCCGACUGCGAGACGCACAAGGCGCUCGACUACAGCAUGGACACGUUCCAGCAUCUGGUGGGCAUGAAGGACCGCCGCCACCUGUCCAUGGCGCCCGAGCUGGGCCUGGCCGAGCUGGUCGGCCAGCAGAACGUGCACGAGUUCGGGCACCGGGUGGAGCUGGCGCUGCGCCGCCGCCCGGGCGCCUGGGUGCUGUACCAGCUGGCCAGCCUGUACUGGCGCAUCCAGGGCGACGCGCCCCGCGCCGUCGAGUGCAGUCGCCGCGCCAUUCACCUCUCCAGCAGGGUGGAGCGGUUCGUCAGCCUGGUGGACCUGGGCGUGGUCCUGCACCGGUGCCACCACAGCGAGAGCGGUGCGGUCGUGCUGCACGCAGCCGUCGACCACCACGACCAGAGUGCCGAGGCUCACUACGGCCUGGGCAACGCCUACGCCGUGCUGGGCGACUACAACCGCUCGGCCACCUGCUUCAACAACACCGUCAAGCUGGAGCCGCAGCACGAGGGGGCGCUGAAGCGGCGCCACGCCGUGCUCUGUCACGAGCGCCUGGAGACGGCGCUCGAGAGCCAGCACAACUCGCUGCAGAACACCCUGGCCGAGCUGCGCAGCUACCAGAAGCAGCACACGCUGUGGCUGCAGCAGCAGGAGAAGCUGAUCCGGGAGCAGGCCGAGCUCGACACCAAGAUCGAGUCCAGGCUCAACUACGAGGAGCAGAAGAUUCGCGAGAGCUCCGACGGCAAGGGGCACACCUGCUUCCGCUACUACCAGAACGGCCAGAGUAUCCUCAGCUGCAACAUGGCGGCAGCUGCCGGCGAGGGCGGCUCGGAGACCGUGUCCGAUCUGCAGACCAAGCUCUCCGACCUGCAGACCAAGGCCGACCGGCUGGAGGAGCAGGUCUCUAAGCUGAGCCGGGGCGCCGAGCCGACGACCGACGGCGACCGGCCCACGCUGCCCCGCCGCUACACCGCGCUCGACCCGUCCGGCACGGAGCGGCUGCUGCGGCCCGACUGGCCGUCCCAGGACGAGUGCGGCCAGAAGGUCACCAAGUUCCCCGGCGCCAACGAGUUUCCCUCCGUGUUCCUGGCGCCCGACAACAAGGGCUUCGACGUCGACCACUUCCUGAACGCGGGCAUCGGCGUACCGCUCAGCGACGACCACGCGCUGCCCUGGUACCGGCCCGCCUGCGAGCCGGUGCAGGCGCGCGUGCUGCCCUACGACACGAUGGAGACGGUGCGCGGCCGCACGCGCGUCACGCAGCGCCGGCCCGACCCGGUGGCGUCGCGCGCACUGAUGGCGUACGCGCGCGGUCGCCAGACGGUUGAGGCGGAGCUGGGCCAGCGCAUCACGGCCGCGCUCAAGCAGGGCUCGGCGCCGGCCUGGGUGCUGCAGACGCUGGCCUCGCUCUACUGGCGCGCGCAGGGCAGCCUGGCCAACAGCAUCGAGUGUCUGCGCUCGGCGCUGCACUCGGUGCCGGCCGAGUUCGUGGACGUGCCGCUCGCCAACCUGGCUGCCGUGCUCUACCGGCUGGACGACGUGGACGGCGCGCUGAAGCUCGCCCGCCAGGCGUACAAGGCCGACCCUGUCGAGCCGGAGACGAAUUUCCUGCUGGGUAACCUGCUGGCGGCCAAGGGCAACUUCUCGGGCGCCGUGUGGCACUACCGGAGCGCGCUGCAGGCCGAGUCGACACACAGCGCGGCGCUGGAGUACCUGCGCGUCGUCUCCUGCUACACCCGUUACCACGGCCACCAGCGGGGCGAGCAGCAGUGUCAGACCCCGGCGCAGACGCCGGCCGAGCGGGACCCGAUGCUGGAGAAGCUGUCCAAGAUGCCGCCCGACUCCGUGGUCUGCACGUCCGAGUGCGCCGACGGCCAGGGCCGCGACGCGUGCGAGUCCAAGAUCAGCUGCUACAACGCGCGCAACGAGAACGGCCGCUGGAUCCUGACGCCGGCGCUGGCCGACCAGCUGGACUGCAGCGGUCCGGACGGCGCUCAGCUGGCCGCAGUGGACCAGCUGCCGUCGUUCCCGCCGCCGGAGCUGGCGCCCGCCCAGCAGUGCGCCGACAUCAAGCAGAUCAACUGGAGUCAGUACACGUCCACGUGGCUGUCCGUUUCGGCCAAGAACGUGGUCGUGGACCUGGUGCCGGCGCCGAUGGGCGUGUACCAGCCGCGCCAGCCCGUCUGUCCGGACCAGUUUCCGGCUUCGAUGGCCACGCUGGACAACCUGUCGGGCGUGCGCCACCGGCGUCAGCUGUCCAUCAGCGCCGAGACCGGCCUGAAGGAGGCGCUGCAGGCGCUCACCGCCGACCAGCCGCGCACCGUCGACGAGACCGGCACGCGCAUCGCCAUGAGCAUGGACAAGUCCAGCGACAUGCCUUGGAGCAAACAGGAGAGCGGACUGCAGAGUCCACAGGAGAUGGCGUGCUGUCUGCGCAUCGCGCUUCACCACGCGCCGCGCCACCUCAAGGACAUCCCGCUCAUCUCGCUGGCUAACAUCCUGCACCGAGCGGGCCUGUACAACGAUGCGCUGAUCGUAUGCAACAUGGCGCUGGAGAUAUCGCCCAAGUUUGUCGUCAUCCACUUCACCAUGGCCAACAUAUACGCCGCUAAGCGUGUGACGCCCUCGAAUGUGACCCUUCGACGUGUGACGCUCGACGUGACCCGAUGUGACCCUUCGACGUUCGACGACGACGCGCUCCGGGGCGUGAUGUUGCGUCGUGUGAUGUUCCGUGGUGGUGACCUCGAGAAGGCCAUCUCGUUCUACCAGUCGACGCUAGCGUUGCAGUCGUCGUUCGAGCCGGCCAAGGAGCGGCUGCGGGCCAUCCAGUGCAGUCUGGAGGCGUGGCUGCAGCUGGGCGGCGCGCAGCAACUGGGACCGUCGCCAAGACUGGUCGGCGUCCACUAA